GGCGAGCGGAGGCGUCGAGCGGCAUUCUCGCCCCGGCUGCGAACGACGCCGCCCGCCGACCCAGGCACGCGCUGACAGGGUGACAGCCGAGUGCUACUUCAGCAGGGAAAAGCAGGCGGAGCGAGGAUGAGGACCGCCAUCUGGGUGAUUUUGUGCUUCGGGUGGUCUGCUGGGCAGCAGAAGGAGCCGUCCAUCACUAUUGAUCCCGAUGGAGAAAUCCCAGUGGUUGAAGGAUUUGGAGGAAACAUCGAUAUUGUGGAAGAAGACGAUGUCCUUGUUUUAACAAGGGACAAUUUCUUGCAUGUUGUAAAUCCAAAAGAUGUUAUACUUGUUGAGUUUUAUGCACCAUGGUGUGGCCACUGCAAGUCUCUAGCCCCUGAUUAUGCAGCUGCAGCACGCGAGUUAAAAGAUGAUGGCAUACGGCUUGCCAAGGUGGAUGCUACAAAGGAGACAGAACUAGCAAAGGAACACCUUGUAUCGGGUUAUCCAACAAUUAAACUGUUUAAGAAAGGGCAACCUAUUGAAGACUAUUCUGGAGCAAGGACAACUCAAGCUAUUGUAGAGUACAUGCGCAUGCAUGCUGAUCCUAACUAUCAACCUCCACCCUCUGCUGUAAUGGUCCUAACUAGUGCUAACUUCUCAAAGACCAUUAAAUCUAAAGAGCUCAUCCUUGUUGAAUUUUAUGCCCCAUGGUGCCGCCACUGCAAAGCGCUUGAGCCAGAAUAUGAAGGAGCUGCCAAAGAGCUAGUGAAAGUUGACAUCCCACUAGCAAAAGUAGAUGGCCCAGAGGAGAAGGAACUUGCUGAUGAAUAUGGAGUUUCUGGCUAUCCAACACUUCUGGUGUUUAGAAAUGGGAGACAAUUUGACUUCAAAGGUCGGAGAGACUUGGAGGGAAUUGUAGAGUAUAUGAAGGAACAAGCCAAACUUCCAUCCAUGGAGAUAAAAUCGGUGCUGGAAAUGCACAAUAAUAUGGUUCGAACAGAUGCUACUGUCAUUGGUUACUUCACUGAGAAGGGUAACAUGUUUGAAGAAUACAUAGGAGCAGCAAAUGAGCUGAGAGGCAAACUUCCCUUCUUCCACACAUUGGAACCAUCAGUUGCUGAGCACUUCAAGCUAAAAGAUAACUCCAUUACUGUUAUUAUGCCAGAGAUUUAUCAUUCCAAAUAUGAAGACAAAGUGUUCAGAUAUACCAAGACUACAGCAACAUUCAAGGAUAUUGGGCUGUGGAUAGCUAAGAAGAGUGUCCCAUUAGUUGGUCAGCGUACGAAGAGUAACAAGGAUUUCAAAUAUGAAACUAGACCUUUGGUUGUGGUGUACUAUGAUGUUAAUUUUUCACAUCAGUAUGUUAAAGAUACACAGUUUAUUCGCAAUAAAAUCUUGCCAGUAGCAGAUGCAAAUAGGGAUAUCCUCUUUGCUAUUGCUGAUGAAGAGGAAUUUGAAGAUGAGAUCAAGAGCCUAGGGUUGGAAGAUUCUGGUGAAUCUGUAAAUGUUGGACUGUUCUCAAAUAACUUGAAGUAUCCUCUAGAACCUGAGGAUGAUUUUAGCUCAGAUGUAUUAAGCGAAUUUAUUGAUGAAUUUAAGGCUGCAAACCUAAAGCCAUUCCUGAAGUCUCAACCCAUACCCAAGAGGCAGGAGGGCCCAGUGCGCAUCUUUGUGGCCAAGAACUUUGAAGUGGAAGUUAUGCAGUCAAAGAAGGAUGUCCUCAUAGAAUUCUAUGCUCCAUGGUGUGGUCAUUGCAAGAACCUAGAACCAGUUUAUAAGAAAUUAGCCAAGCAUUUGUCAAAGAGUAAUGAAGAUGUUAUUGUGGGUAAGAUGGAUGCUACUGCCAAUGAUGUUCCUCCCUUGUUCAAAGUGUCUGGAUUCCCUACAAUCUAUUACCUAAGGGCAAGCGAAAAGGAUAACCCAGUGCCUUUCACAGGAGAGCGCUCUCUGAAGAAACUGAAGGAAUUUGUAGAGCAGGAGUCCUCCAUUUUUAAUAAUGUGGAAGAUACUCAGGAGGAGACUACAAAAGAUGAACUUUAGCAUCUUAAGAAAACUGAAAUCUGAAUGAGUAUGGGAGACUUAUUGGAACCAGUAUACAAAAUACAAAUAGAAAAAGGAAUUCCAAAUAGGAUAGUAACAAAGAUUAUUUAAGUCUUAAUUUCUAUGCACAGUUCAUAUCUUACUUUAUAAGAACAAAAAAUAGAGACCUUUAAUUUUGGUAGUGCCUUAGUUGCACGUAGCACAAAUAUUUUAAUGUUAUUUCUGUCCAAGGGUCCUUAUUUUCUUCUGUGAUAACCAUGAGAUCUAAUCUGCAAUACCAAAGUCGGCAUUUACUAGUUUGAGAGUAUCGGUGCAUAACCUAGUGUCCUGUCGGUUAUCAUUGCUGCUUGGAAAUUAUUGUGAUGAGAAAUUGGUAUUUUGGUUGUGUAUUUAGUAGUGUUAUUAUUUUUGUGCUAUAUCCAUUCUCUGGAUAUAUAGGAUGAACUGAAUGGCACCAUCGUUUGUUUACAAUAGCACAAGCAUGAUUGUAUAUUUUUUUUGUUAACUUAUAGCAGAAAUUUGCUAUUUGUGAAACAAGUCAAAGGAAACUGUUUUGUUAUCUAAAUAUUUAGGUGAAUUUCAUGUUAUAUUAUUUCAAAUGUAACCAUGUAAUUUUGUGAUGGUAUUCAGUCGCAACCAUGACUAUAUUUGUAUUGAGCCAAUAUUUUUAAUUUUCUAAAAUAAAGAAAGGCUAUUAAA